GGUUGCAGUGAGGGAGAGAGAGAGAGGGUGAAGGGCGAAGAAUGGACGUGACGAUGGCGGAACCGGGUGAAAUACUUCCUGAGCGCAAGAUAGACAGAUCGGUAUACGAUAAGCUGCAACAUAGCCGAACUUCAGUGGAGGACAUCGUCGCCAAGAUGCUAUCGGUGAAGAAAGAAGGCAGGUCCAAAUCUGAGCUCAGAGAGCUCGCCACUCAAAUGUUCCUCAAUUUUGUCACUCUCCGCCAGGCUAAUCGUUCUAUCUUGCUUGAAGAAGAUCGUGUAAAAGCAGAAACGGAGUGUGCAAAAACACCCACUGAUUUUACGACCCUGCAGCUCCACAACUUGAUGUAUGAGAAAAGUUACUAUGUGAAAGCAAUAAAGGCUUGCAAAGACUUCAAAUCUAAAUAUCCUGAGAUUGAACUUGUACCCGAGGAAGAUUUCUUAAGAGAUGCACCAGAAGAAAUCAAAAACUCUGAGAUGUCACAUGAUAAUACACACAAUCUGAUGCUUAAGAGGCUCAACUAUGAGCUGUUCCAGCGCAAAGAACUAUGUAAACUUCGUGAGAAACUGGAACAACAAAAGAAAACCCUCCAGGAGAGUAUCUCUAACAGGAAGAAGUUCUUAUCAAGUCUCCCUUCACACCUCAAGGCUCUCAAGAAAGCAUCCUUGCCUGCUCAGCACCAACUAGGGAUUCUGCACACAAAGAAACUAAAGCAGCAGCAUUCAGCAGAGUUGCUUCCACCUCCUCUCUAUGUAAUUUACUCACAGUUGUUGGCCCAGAAGGAAGCUUUUGGAGAGAAUAUUGAUCUGGAGAUUGUAGGAAGUAUAAAGGAUGCUCAAGCUUAUGCGCGGCAGCUAGCAAACAAAGAUACUGGUAUAUCUACCAACUCAGAGAAUUCCAAAUUUGAGGAUGAUGUUCCUGACGAGGAAGAUGAUGGCCAAAGAAGGAGAAAGCGGCCAAAGAAGGUUCCAGGCAAGGAGACUCUUGACCAUGAAGGAAUAUAUCAGGCUCAUCCCCUUAAAAUCAUGCUUCAUAUACACGAUGACGAUGUUUCUGACUCCAAGCAUGCGAAACUUAUCACACUAAAGUUUGAAUACUUGGGAAAGUUGGCUGUUGUAUGCGUUGGGGUUGAAGGGUCCCAAGAAGGUCCCAGAAAUAACAUUUUAUGCAACUUAUUUCCUGAUGACACUGGCCUUGAGCUUCCUCAUCAGUCAGCCAAGCUCUGCAUUGGUGUUGCUCUUGCAUUUGAUGAAAGGAGAACUUCACGUCCAUAUAAAUGGGCCCAGCAUUUGGCAGGAAUUGAUUUUCUGCCAGAGGUGUCACCCUUGUUUUCAGGGUUAGAAACAUCAGACAGUGAAACGGCUAGACAUGCAGCAGUUGUAUCAGGUCUGUCGUUGUAUCGUCAGCAGAGUCGGGUGCAGACAGUUGUGCAAAGGAUCCGCACUCGGAGAAAGUCUCACCUGGCGCUUGCGGAGCAGCUUGAUUUGCUAACAAAGCUUAGAUGGCCGGCUCUGACCUGUGAAAGUGUUCCGUGGGCCUCACAUACCCCUCUGUGCAGUUUGCAUAGCUGGUUACCCAUGGGAUCUGCACCUAGUCAGGCUUUAUAUUUGCCAGUUACUGAUGUGGAACAAGUUCAGGGUCCUGCAGAUAUCGAUGUGGAUGGAGUAUCUGGUACUUCAAAGGAAGUGAUAGAGAAUGCCAGGGAAGAUGGGGAACUUCCAACUUUAAUUCCGGUUGCACCUGUUGUGAAGGAUGUUAAACUCACUCCCUCAGAAGUCGUAAAUGAUGUGAAACUCAUGCCCUCAAAAGGAUAUGAUCUUGAGCAUUCAAGGCGGUUGGCUUUGAUUUCGAAGAGUAUUGUAUCUCCAAUUAACAGGGGGAAAUCAUUAAGUUUCAAGAAACAUGAUGAGGAUGCGGAUCUUUUGCUCGAUUCGGAAAGUGACGUGGAUGAGCAUGCACAAAUCAACCCGGAGACUGAGAAUGCAGACAACAGUGGAGGCUCUGAGAUAGGCAAAAGGUCAUGGGCAAACUGUGGGGUCCAGGAAUACUGUCUUGUACUAACUAGAAAAUUGGAUAGUGAUGAAAGGAUCAUGCAUUUGGAAGCCAAGAUUAAGAUCAGCGUGGAGUAUCCUCUUAGGCCGCCUCUUUUUGCACUGAGUCUUAACACUGCAUCACAUGGAGAAAAUAAUUCUGAAACUGAUGGUUCCAAGUGGUACAACGAACUUCGCGCCAUGGAGGCAGAGGUCAAUGUUCACAUAACAAAAAUGAUACCUUGGGAUCAAGAAAACUUCAUCUUAGGUCAUCAGGUGUGUUGCCUAGCCAUGCUGUUUGACUUCUACAUGGAUGAAGCAGCCUCAUCUUCGGAGAAAAGAAAGAGUACUUCUGUGGUCGAUGUUGGUUUGUGCAAACCUAUUAGUGGUAGACUCAUGGCCCGGUCCUUUAGAGGUAGAGAUCGUCGGAAAAUGAUCUCCUGGAAAGAUAAUGGUUGCACCGCUGGCUAUCCUUACUAGAAAUAUUUUCUGGGGGCUAAAAAUGUGUGAUUGCACUUUUGAGCCGCUACUACAUUCUUGCCAUUGCUUGGCCAGAUAUUAUCGAGAUUUUUACAAGGUAAUUUCAUAGAGGAUAAAGUAAAAUUCUCUGGGCAUAGUUACGAAGCUUUUCCUCUACUAAUUUAGUGGGUGAUCCAGUCUGGUGUGCAAGAUUCGGGCGGUGAUGUCUUUUCUGGAAAGGGUUGAGACGGCAAUGAGUACCACAAAUGACGGGACGCUUGAAGUUCAUGUUUAUCGGACAUGGAUAUUGCGCUGACUGAGGAUUGGUACGGUGCUUUCUUUUUUCUUAGAAUGAGAUACUUGGGAAGUUUUUUUAGUUAAUUAUUCCGUUUUGUUUUGUUGUGUUAUUUUCACGAGCGUAUAGCGCAUGAAAAUAAAAUAAGCGUAUAGCAUAUGACUAAAAUGAGUGGCGAAGCGAAGACGGACUCAUAUAGUUGAUCUAAAAUGAUUUGAUUUAGUUUGAUUUGUUGUGUUAUUUUCAUGAUCAAUAGUCACGAAAGACUUGAUGCAAGAUCUAUGGGUAAGAAUUUGGUUUGCUUUGUUGUGUUAUUUUCAUGAUCAAUAGUCAUGAAUGAGUCAAUGCAAGAUCUAUGGGUAAGAAUU